AUGUCAGGCGUUGCGGCUCUACAAGCUCUACGCCGAGCUGCUAUAGCAGGUGGUUCCAUCAAGCUAUUUGAUAAAGAUGGUACUGAAACCGAGCUUGUGCAAGAUGCCACUCAAGUUUCGUUUGGAGAUGAUGAAAAAAAGUAUGAGUUGGACCUGAAGACAAACUUUUACAAUGACGAUGAACCACAAGACUUGAAGUCGGUCGUGUUUUGUUGGAUGGAGGAACAAACUCCGGAUGUUGACUACAAGUCCAAAGCUAGUGAGUAUAAUAUUCCUGCGUUUGCUUAUUUACAAAGGUAUGACUUGAUAACAUGGUUAAAGGGAACCAUUGACACUUGUCAGUUUGUCAAGGAAGACAAAGACGGAGCAAAUGCUCAAGCCGACCAGUCCAAGGUUGGACCUGACAUUGACGCAGUUGAAUCCAAAAAACGCAAACUAGACGACCCACAAAUGGACCGAAUCAAUCAAUUUGAAAAGGAAUCGGUUGAUCAUAAUGCGGUAUUGAGAGGUUCCAAAAAUAUUGACUUUAGUUAUCUAAUAUCCGAUGCCAAAAAGUUUAUGCAUGAAUUGAAGCGUGCUAAACCCAGCACUAAAGAGUCUAAAAAGGAAAGUGGGUCGAAGAAACAACCCAUCAUUAUCGUAUCGCCAGCUACGACAGCCCUUCUUUCGUUGCCCAACAUUAAAGAGUUUCUUGAAAACUCGCAUUACACGGAACCAGUUCCAAGCAACCGGCCGCAGUCUGGUGUUGUUGUCCUUAACCAUCCUUCGGACAGGUUGAUCAAAACUGGACAAAAAAUUAUGGUGGUUGACAAUGUCGACUUGUUCACAAACCCUGACUAUUGGAACAGAGUCAUUGCAAUCUUUACUACGGGUCAAAGCUGGCAAUUUUCAAAGUACAAGUUCUCUAAACCAGAAGUAUUGUUUCAAAAGUACCAGGGCUAUUACUUGGGAUACAACGGUGAGGCCACGCCGCAGCAGAUUAAAGACUGGAACGUCCAUGAGAUUAAAGUAGAUCGGGGCGAAAAGAGAUUCAAGGAUAAGGUGAUUGUGCGUGACUUUUGGACUGAAAUUGACAAGAUUCUCAUCAAUAAGGGAUAUGGGAAGCUGUAG